UCUCCUAUCGUCAGGACUUAGCACCUUGCUGUUUCCACACUGUGAGAGGUGCAAUGGAAAUUACAGAAUCAACGAGCUGCUGACGACUGUUCCGUUUCCCGUAGAAAGAAGACGUGAGGAGGAAGCACAUUCGUCUGCACAUGGAGGGCGCGCUGACCGCCCGGGACAAGGUCGGGGUGCAGGAUUUUGUGCUGUUGGACGCGCACACCAGCGAAUCUGCUUUUCUGGACAAUCUUCGCAAGCGGUUCAGCAAGAAUCUCAUCUAUACAUAUAUUGGGACCCUCCUUGUGUCUGUGAAUCCGUACCAGGAGCUCGGAAUCUACACUGUAAGCCAGAUGGAACUUUAUCAAGGGGUCAAUUUCUUUGAACUGCCACCACAUGUCUACGCCAUCGCUGACAACGCCUACCGCAUGAUGUGCUCCGAGCUAAAUAACCACCUCAUCCUCAUUUCUGGAGAGAGCGGAGCGGGGAAAACGGAGGCCUCCAAGAAGAUUCUCCAGUAUUUUGCGGUGACCUGCCCAAUGACCGAGUCACUACAGACAGCCCGUGACAGACUGCUGCUCUCCAAUCCAGUGCUGGAGGCCUUUGGAAAUGCCAGAACGCUCCGGAAUGACAACUCCAGCAGAUUUGGAAAGUAUAUGGACAUACAGUUUGACUUUAAGGGCAUUCCUGUAGGUGGGCAUAUCAUCAGUUACCUCAUAGAAAAGUCUCGAGUCGUCUAUCAGAACCAGGGCGAGAGGAAUUUCCACAUCUUCUACCAGCUGCUAGAGGGGGGCGAAGAGGAGCUCCUCGCUUACCUGGGCCUUGAGCGAGACCCCCAGCUGUAUAAGUAUCUCUCGCAGGGUCAUUGUGCCAAAGAGUCAUCUAUUAACGACAAGAAUGACUGGAAAACUGUUUCCAAUGCUUUUUCUGUCAUCGAUUUUACUGAAGAUGACCUUGAGAAUCUCUUUGGAAUUAUUGCCAGUGUCCUACACCUGGGGAACGUUUGUUUUGAAGAGAACCACCAAGGCCGCGCCGCCGUACCACACACCCACGAGAUCGAAUGGAUAGCCAAGCUCCUGGGGGUCCACUCAUCGGUCCUUCUGGAAGCUCUCACCCACAGAAAGAUCGAAGCCAAAACUGAGGAGGUGAUAUGCCCAUUGACACUAGAACUCUCUGUCUGUGCUAGAGAUGCAAUGGCAAAGGCUGUUUACGGACGAACAUUUACUUGGCUGGUCAACAAAAUCAAUUCCUCCUUAGUGAACAAGGAUUUCACCAAGAAAACUGUGAUCGGAUUGCUGGAUAUCUAUGGCUUUGAAGUCUUCGACAAGAAUGGUUUUGAACAGUUCUGUAUAAAUUACUGCAAUGAGAAACUCCAGCAACUCUUAAUUGAGAGAACCCUAAAAGCAGAACAGGCAGAAUAUGAGAUGGAAGGUAUAGAGUGGGAGCCAAUUCAGUAUUUCAACAACAAGAUCAUCUGUGAUCUGGUGGAAGAGAGACACAAAGGGAUCAUUUCCAUUCUGAAUGAAGAAUGUACACGUCCAGGUCCUGCUACAGACUUGAGUUUCCUGGAGAAACUGGAAGAGAAAGUGGGCAAGCACGCACACUUCCAAACCCGGAAGCUGGCGGGUCCCAAGGGCCGAAAGAGGAUUGGCUGGAUGGAGUUCCGACUCUUCCACUACGCGGGAGAGGUCACGUACUGCACCAAAGGAUUCUUAGAAAAAAACAAUGAUCUCCUCUACAGACAUUUGAAAGAGGUGCUGUGCAGGUCCAAAAACAGCAUCCUGAAGGAAUGCUUCCUGGUGGCCGAGUUAGAAAAUCGGAGAAGGCCGCCAACGGUGGGGACUCAGUUUAAAAACAGCCUGAGCAGCCUUCUGGAAAUUCUCACCUCCAAGGAACCUUCGUACAUCCGUUGCAUCAAGCCCAAUGAGAAGAAGCAACCCAGCCAGUUCGACGACUUCCUCAUAAGGCAUCAGGUCAAGUACCUGGGGCUGAUGGAGCACCUGCGGGUGAGACGGGCGGGCUUCGCGUACCGGCGGAAAUACGAGCAUUUCCUGCAGAGGUACAAGUCCUUGUGCCCAGACACCUGGCCGCACUGGCACGGGCCUCCAGCAGAGGGCGUCGAGCGGUUGAUCAAGUACAUCGGCUACAAACCCGAGGAGUACAAGUUAGGGAGAACCAAAAUAUUCAUUCGUUUCCCCAGAACUCUGUUUGCUACUGAAGAUGCCUUUGAAUUUAGUAAACAUCAAUUAGUUGCGAGAAUCCAAGCCACAUACAAAGGCUGCCUAGAAAGGAGAGCAUACCUGAAAAAAAGACAAGCAGCCAUCAAACUUGAAGCCCACUGGCGGGGAGCCCUGGCUCGAAAGGAGGCCAAAAGGAGGAAGUGGGCUGUGCAGAUUAUAAGGAAGUUCAUAGCAGGAUUCAUCAAUCGCAACAAGCCUCUUUGUCCUGAAAAUGAGGAGUUUAUCGUGUUCGUGCGGAAGAAUUACAUCUUGAAUCUUCGGUAUCACGUCCCAAAGAGUGUCUUGGACAAGAGCUGGCUGAUGCCUCCCGGCAUCUUGGAAAAUGCGUCGGAUCUGCUCAGGAAAAUGUGCAUGAGGAACCUGGUCCGCAAGUACUGCCGCGGAAUCACAGCCGAGAGGAAAGCGCUGAUGCGGCAAAAGGUGGUUACAAGUGAAAUAUUCAGGGGAAAGAAAGAAGGCUAUGCAGAAAGCUUAAAUCAACCCUUUGCCAACAGUCGGAUAGACGAAGGAGACAUUAAUCCCAAGGUGCUUCAACUCAUCAGCCAUGAGAAAAUCCAGUAUGGUAUCCCGGUCAUUAAAUAUGACAGGAAAGGCUUCAAGGCGCGGCAGCGGCAGCUCAUUCUUACUCAGAGAGCAGCUUACGUGGUGGAACUUGCCAAAAUCAAGCAGAAAAUAGAGUACUCAGCACUCAAAGGUGUCUCUACUAGCAGUCUGAGCGACGGAAUCUUAGUCAUGCAUGUUUCGCCAGAGGACAACAAGCAAAAGGGGGAUGCCAUCUUGCAGUGUGAACACGUGUUUGAAGCGGUUACUAAACUCGUCGUGCUGGCGAAGGAGGAGAACCUGGUAAACGUUGUUCAAGGAAGUUUACAGUUUUAUAUCAGUCCUGGAAAAGAAGGUACAAUAGUUUUCUACACUGGACCAGAAGAACAAAUCUAUAAAGAUAAAAAUGGACAGUUAACAGUGGCUAUCUUCCUGCUUGACCAGCUCGGGCUGAAGAUGCUAACAGGCCUCAGUGGGCCCGUUUCUCGAUGCGGCUCGUCUUGUGGGGGGUGGGGCAGGAGAUGGUGUGGGAGGUGGGUUGGCUUCUCGCAGCUCGUUCACACCCACCUCCAUGAUGCUGACAGUGGGGUGACAGCUGCAUCCUCCCAAGUGAGGCUACGUGAGACACGCCUCUAAGCCUAAGUGUGGACUCUCCCCCAGGUGUCGGUCCGCAUGCAGUCCUGAUAGAGGAUGACACUGACCUCUCCCAUCACCGUUUCUUCUCCGGCUGAGGAAAGCACCCAGGAAGCGGGAAUGUGAUCCAGUUAGCUACUCCUUCAAGGAAAGGUUACAGCAGCUCUAGGAGCAGGGUCACACGGGAAGAAGCGGAGCGGCAUCUAUGCCAAAGCCCGACCCCAGCUUCCCAGGUGCCCUGUGGCACUCAAUCAAAAUGUCCUCCUCAGGGAGCCAACCUCAAGUCACUUAAGGGGGUGGUUUUAAACUUUCCCAAAGGACCUCCACUCGAUGGGUACUUGAACAUGUCAUCACAGGGUGGGCAACAGGCUCUCCACCCUUAUCAAGCUGGCCCCAAGUCACAGUGAAGUAUUAUGUAUGGUCUGAGAGUGAGUACACGAAAUUUCAUAAAGCUGCAAAAUUUGAAUUUUGUGCUAAAUAAAUGGAACUUAGAAACACAUCCAAUUCCUUAGCAUUUCUGAAAGGCUCUUCAGUCCAGAUGGUGAGGUCUAUCUGCCCCACCUCCCCAAUAGUAAAUCGGUGGCAACACCAGCCGACCCAUUCUGCUUGUUCACAAGCCCAGGCGGCAUUCCCGCCCAAGACUUCCUUUCGGGGUUCAAGUUCAAACACUACCGAGAAAUGACUCCUCUCUUCCGCCCUGAGCAACUUUAAGGUGAUAAAGUGGAAUGUAGGAUCUCUGCCUUGUUCUCUUUGCUGUAAACUGCAACUCAGUUCAGGGGCUCGAUUGUGCUGGGCGUUUCUGAAAAGAUCCAGAAAACAGAUUUAAAUGGGAUCAUGUAACUUUUAUUUUACAUAUGUCCACAAACGCUUGUACAACAUACAGUGACUACUUCUAAAAUUUAUAGCAUUUUUUUCAUAGCACAGAGAGACGGAAAGGUUAGUGAUGCACAGAUGUGUUACAGUGACUCGGGUGGAGCCCUAAAGAUAGCACACACUCUGGAGGAAGGGCUGAGUGUCGGUCACACUUAGGUCUGAACAGCUGCUGUAAGGUACAGGUGAACACUCCUAAUCGAGGGCGGGGGUGCCUGCACAGCGAUUAACCCCUAAUCCACUGCACGAGGCCCCGGAGAGGCUGUGCCAGGAACUGCCUCGGGCACCAGCCCCCAGUCACCACAAUCAGAGGGCGAAUUUGAAACCUACUGAACUCAAUUACAAGGGACCAAACGCUGAUCCACUUUUUAAAAAACUGUAAGCUAUUCCGAUGUAAUAAACUGCACUCUUUACCAAAUCUUACACCAGUGUUUUACUUGCAUGGUUCUUAAAUAGAAAUAUUGACUUUUGUUUGCCCUUAGUGCUAGCAUAAGAAAAAUCACUUCUUUGUAGAAUAUACUGGAUAACAGAGCUUGGCCCAGCCAGCACUCUGUCAGCUCGCGGCUAGAUGCCGCUAACAGUCGCCGCAUUCACUGGGGAAUGUCUUAUGAAGCUGCUCACAGCCCAGGGGAGCAAAGAUUCAAAACUACAAAUGCAAAGUCGGAGGAAAAGUGAAA